CUGCCAUCUCCGCCCCUUCUCUUCCCUCGGCGGCACGGCAGCCCCCCUCUCUCCUCCAGGCCCGGGGAAAGGCAAACGGCGGCGAGAGCAGCCCCUGCUGCCUGCUGGAGCCGGCGGCCCGGUGGGGCGCGGCCAGUGCAUGAGGGCAGCGGGCGGAGGCGCCGAAGAAGAAGGAGGGGGAGGAGGAGGCGGGGGCGGCGAGUCCCGCCCGCCCGCCCGCCCGGGCACUGGCAGCCCCUGCCGCCGCCGCCGCCUCUCCUUGCCGGGCCCGGGAGGCUGAGGCCGCCGCGUAGCGCCCGGGACAUGCGGCCUCUCCAGCCGCAGCCAUCGCCGAGGAGACGGAGGACAUGAGGCUCCGCAAUGGCACCUUCCUCACGCUGCUGCUCGGCUGCCUCUGCGCGCUGUUCUCGCUCUCCUGGUACGGGGCCUUCGGCGGGCACAAAGGUGAUGUUGUGGAUAUCUAUCAGCGAGAGUUCCUAGCGUUAAGAGACCGCUUGCAUGCUGCAGAACAGGAGAGCCUCAAGCGAUCGAAGGAGCUGAACCUAGUCCUGGAUGAGAUAAAGCGAGCCAUCUCUGAGAAGCAGGCCCUGAGGGAUAUAAACCGGACGUGGAGCAGCUUAUCUGAUGAAACAAAACUGAAACUCUGGAAUAUCACUAACAAGAAUGUGCUGCAUCUCCCCACCAUCUUCCAUCAUUUGCCUCAUUUGCUGUCCAAGGAGAACAGCCUGCAGCCGGCUGUGCAUGUUGGACAGGGACGCACCGGAGUAUCGAUAGUGAUGGGGAUCCCUAGUGUCAAGCGGGAAGUGCAUUCCUAUCUUACAGAUACCCUAAACUCUCUGAUCUCAGAGCUCAACCAGCAGGAAAAGGAAGACUCUGUCAUUGUUGUCAUGAUUGCGGAGACAGAUCCACAGUAUACAACAGGAGUGGCAGAAAAUAUCAAAAGCCUGUUCCCCAAUGAAAUACAUUCUGGCCUUCUAGAAGUUAUUUCCCCUUCUCCACACUUCUACCCAGACUUCUCUCGUCUCCGGGAAUCCUUUGGCGACCCCAAAGAAAGGGUCAGGUGGAGGACUAAACAGAACCUAGAUUAUUGCUUUCUAAUGAUGUAUGCACAGUCCAAGGGCAUCUAUUAUGUCCAGCUGGAAGAUGAUAUUGUAGCCAAGCCAAACUAUCUCAGCACAAUGAAGAACUUUGCUCUGCAGCAGCCAUCAGAGGAAUGGAUGAUCCUGGAGUUCUCGCAGCUUGGGUUUAUUGGAAAGAUGUUCAAGUCUUUGGAUCUCAGUCUUAUUGUGGAAUUCAUACUCAUGUUCUAUAAGGACAAGCCCAUAGACUGGCUCCUGGAUCAUAUCCUCUGGGUAAAAGUCUGCAACCCAGAGAAAGAUGCAAAACAUUGUGACAGACAGAAGGCAAACCUGAGGAUACGCUUCAAGCCCUCACUCUUCCAGCACGUAGGAACCCACUCCUCCCUCGCUGGUAAAAUACAGAAGCUGAAAGUUGAGGACAAAGAUUUUGGAAAGCAAGCACUUCGAAAAGAACACGUCAACCCUCCUGCAGAAGUUAGCACCAGUCUGAAAACCUACCAGCACUUCUCCUUAGAGAAAGCGUAUCUGAGGGAAGAUUUCUUUUGGGCAUUUACCCCCACGGCGGGUGACUUCAUACGCUUUCGCUUCUUUAAGCCCCUACGCAUUGAACGGUUUUUCUUCCGCAGUGGCAAUAUUGAACACCCUGAAGACAAGCUCUUCAACACAACUGUGGAAGUAUUACCUUUUGAUAGUCUCCAGUCAGAUAAGGAAGCACUGCAGGAGGGAAGAGCAACAGCAUUCAAGUACCACAGGACAUCUGACGGCUACAUACAGAUAGGCUCUUUUUCAAAGGGCAUUGCUGAAGGAGAAGUGGACCCUUCCUUUGGGCCUCUGGAAGCAAUACGGCUAACCAUCCAGACUGACUCUCCCGUAUGGAUCAUCUUGAGCGAGAUAUUCCUGAAGAAAGCUGAUUGAACUUCAAGACACAGGAAUAAUGCACAACAUGGCUGUCAGCUCUUCCCCUCUUCUUCCUCUUGUCUAUGAAACUGCAGACACAGCAGAAUAGGAGCAGCCUAGUCAAAGGUGCCUGCUGAAGGGCACCUGCUGCUCCCAGAACAGGAAGAAAAUGUUGGUGGUGAAACUUGGCAGGGCCUUACAGGUUUCUGGACCACGUUUACUGGGAGAAGAGAAGCAUUUUUUCAUGCACAGGUGCUGGACUGAAUUUUAAAAAAUGAAGCACUAGUGCUGGCCUAUCUUGGAUCCAGCUGCUUCUGCAGCUGCAAAAAGAGGACCUUGGAGACUUAACUUUCCGUGUAAAAGAUUUGUUCUCCCCCCUUCCUUUGAGCAAGGACCACACACUAUUCCCAUGCCUCUUCCUCUCCCCCCCCCAUCCCUGGCCCCUUGGGUGUUGAUUCCUGAAUGUAUCACUAAAGGGUGCAUUUAGAAAUACGGGUUUAAGGACUAUGAAGGCUAACUGCGAGGGCAGCUCAACUGUCAAGCGAAGCACUGAUGCAUCUUGGGAGGAAAGCACCUCCGGCCCCACGUGUGCAAGUAAAAGCAGUUGCUCCAGACUAAAGCUGAGGAUUAAAUAUGAGGGGUAACUGGUCUGGGGUGGGAGGGAAGGGAUGUAUGGAGGGGACAGAAUGGCAGGGAAAUGAAAAACCACACUGUGCCUGCCAGGGUUGUACAUGUGCCCUUCAUACAAUAAGAGUUCCUGUUGAAGUCUCCAGUGUCUUCAUGCCUUGAGAAUGAGUGCUAAAGUCCAUCCUUUUAAAUCCAUAUCUGUUAUUUACUGGUUGGUGUGAAUUUCGGAGAAAAAUAAACCAUGUAGGCCAGUCCUCAAAUGGUAGGGAUUAGAGUAAUUAAAAAAAAAAACCAAUGUCUCUAGCUAUACACUGGAAUGCGUUAUACUACUUUAAUGUGCUGUAUUUUUUAUUAUUGGAUACAUUUGAUUUUUAAGUAUAUCUAUAUAAAAUAUAUAUAUUAAAAUGUGCACUGUAAGAUUUUAA